UCCACGUCGGCAGCAAUGAUUCUCUGCCCGCAGGGUACGGCGAAUUUGGAGGAGGCUGCAGACGAACUUAUAUUUUUUGUAAAUGGGAAAAAGGUUAUUGAGAAAAAUGCUGAUCCGAAAAUGACCUUACUGACCUAUCUGCGAAGGAAGUUGGGGCUACCAGGAACCAAACUGGGCUGCGGGGAAGGAGGCUGCGGAGCGUGCACUGUCAUGGUGUCCAGAUUCUGCCCGUUCCAGCAGAAAAUUCUACAUUGCUCAGUUAAUGCCUGCUUAGCUCCUGUCUGCUCUCUGCACCAUACGUCCAUCACUACAGUGGAAGGGAUUGGAAGCACUAAGACCAGACUUCAUCCCAUUCAGGAGAGAAUAGCGAAGAGUCACGGAUCCCAGUGCGGAUUCUGCACGCCAGGAAUUGUCAUGUCGCUGUACGCCUUACUGCGCAAUACACCCCAGCCCAGCAUGGAGGAAAUAGAAGAUGCUUUCCAAGGAAAUCUCUGUCGAUGUACUGGAUAUCGUCCUAUUCUUCAGGGCUUCAAGACGUUUACCAAAGACAGCUGUUGUGGCAAAAAGACGACCAAUGGUUGUUGUAUGGACAUGAAGGAAGAAAAGGAGACAAACACAUCUUCAGCUUUGUUUGACCCUUUGGAAUUCAGACCCUUGGACCCAACACAAGAGCCAAUUUUCCCUCCAGAAUUACUGUUGCAGAAGACCUCCCCUCGUAAACAGUUGAGCUUUAAAAGUGAAGAUGUUCUGUGGCUUCAGCCCUCCAGUCUGAGAGAACUUCUAAAUCUGAAAGCUCAAUAUCCAGGGGCCAAGCUGGUGGUGGGCAACACUGAAGUGGGCAUUGAGACCAAGUUCAAAAACAUGCGGUACCCAGUGAUAAUCGCCCCGAGCUGGAUUCCAGAGUUAAAUAGAGUUGAACACACCCAGGAUGGCAUUUGUUUUGGCGCAUCCUGCACCUUGACUGUGAUCGGUGAGGUCCUUCAGAAAGGAGUUGCUGAGCUUCCAGCCUACAAAACAGAAGUGUUCCGGGCUGUCCUGGAGCAGUUGAGGUGGUUUGCUGGCCAGCAGAUUCGUAAUGUUGCUGCUAUUGGAGGCAAUAUCAUGACGGCCAGUCCAAUCUCUGACCUGAACCCAGUAUUCAUGGCAAGCAGCACUAAACUACAACUCAUUUCUAAAGACAGUGAAAGGACUGUACAGAUGGAUGAACAUUUCUUUGCCGGAUACAGAAAAACAAUAUUAAAACCUCAGGAGAUCCUUCUCUCUGUUGAGAUCCCGUACUCAAAGAAGUGGCAAUAUUUCUCUGCCUUCAAACAAGCCUCGCGGCGGGAGGACGAUAUCGCCAUUGUGACCACUGGGAUGAUGGUGGAGUUUAAACAGGACAGCCAUCUGGUGGAAAAGAUCCAGCUCAGCUAUGGAGGGAUGGCACCCGUCACCGUCCUGGCAAAAGAUACCUGCAAGGAACUAGUUGGGAGGGAAUGGAAUGACAGUUUGCUACAAGAUGCCUGCCGCUUCCUGUCCAAAGAGAUAACACUGUCCCCCAGUGUUCCAGGCGGGAUGGUGGAAUUCCGACAGACGCUAACCCUCAGCUUUUUCUUCAAGUUUUAUCUCACCGUUCUGAAGAAGCUGGAACAUGAUCUGAACCGGAAUAACAACAUAGACGGGAUGGUUCCUCGGAAUUAUGAAAGUGUAAUUGAACUGUUUCACAAACCUGAACCGUCCAGCGUGCAGCUGUAUCAGGAGGUUCCAGCAGGGCAGGACCCGGAGGAUUUUGUUGGACGCCCAAUCAUGCACCUCUCAGCAAUGAAACAAGCAACUGGAGAAGCUGUCUACUGCGAUGACAUCCCACAUUACGAGAAUGAGCUGUACUUGGCCCUGAUAACCAGCACUAAGGCUUACGCUAAAAUAAUCUCAAUUGAUGUGUCAGAAGCCCUACUAACACCCGGGUGUGUGUGCUUCCUUUUCACAAAAGAUGUUCCAGGAAGUAACAUUACCGGGGUCAGAAAAGAUGAGACAAUAUUUUCAGAAGAUUUGGUGACUUGCGUUGGCCAUGUUAUUGGUGCAGUAGUCGCUGACACUCGGGAACAUGCACAACAAGCAGCAAAAGCUGUGAAGGUGACCUACGAAGAACUGGAACCAAUUAUUACUAUACAGGAAGCUAUAGACAAGCAAUCCUUUUAUCCACCUAUCAAGAAAAUGGAAAAUGGGAAUAUUGAGAGAGGUUUUCAGGAGGCGGAUCACAUCUUUGAAGGGGAGAUGCAUAUUGGAGGACAGGAGCACUUUUACCUGGAAACUAACUGCUGCAUUGCGGUACCCAAGGGCGAGGAUGGCGAGAUGGAGCUUUUUGCCUCCACCCAAAAUACGACUGAGACACAGGCAUUUGCUGCUCAUGCCCUGGGGGUGCCAUCUAACAGGAUUGUGGUCCGUGUGAAGAGGAUGGGAGGAGGAUUUGGAGGAAAAGAGUCCAGAAGUGCUUUGCUCUCUACAGUAGUAGCACUGGCUGCCCACAAGACUGGUCGGCCCGUUCGGUGCAUGCUGGAUAGAGAUGAGGAUAUGCUUAUCACCGGAGGGAGACAUCCGUAUUUGGGACGCUACAAGGUUGGAUUCAUGAAAAGUGGACAAGUAACCGCCUUAGACAUUUCCUACUAUGCAAAUGCCGGAAACUCUCUGGACCUAUCGCAUGCAGUUCUUGAUAGAAGUUUAUUACACAUGGACAACACUUACAAAAUUCCAAACAUCAGAGGAACUGGAUAUUUGUGCAAGACCAACCUCUCUUCGAACACUGCGUUCCGAGGCUUUGGCGGUCCUCAGGGGAUGAUGGUGGCAGAGACAUGGAUGAGCGACAUCGCCCAAGUGUGCAGCCUGCCACCAGAACAUGUCAGGAAGCUGAACAUGUACAAGGAGGGGGACCUGACCCAUUUUAACCAGAAGCUGGAGGAAUUCAAUGUUCAGCGAUGCUGGGAGGAGUGUUUGAGAAGCAGCUCGUACCAGGAGAGGAAAGCGGCCAUUGAGAAGUUUAACAGGCAACACCGAUGGAAGAAGAGGGGGAUCUCUAUAAUCCCAACCAAGUUUGGCAUCUGUUUCACCCUUGCCCUCCUCAACCAGGCCGGAGCUCUGGUCCAUGUGUACAUAGAUGGGUCAGUCCUGUUAACCCACGGCGGGACAGAAAUGGGUCAGGGGCUGCACACCAAAAUGGUUCAGGUGGCCAGUAGAGCUCUGGGAAUACCAACUUCUAAAAUACACAUCAGUGAGACCAGCACAAACACGGUGCCCAACACAUCGCCAACCGCUGCCUCCGUCAGCUCAGACCUCAAUGGCAUGGCUAUAUAUAAUGCUUGUCAGACACUACUGCAGAGGCUGGAACCCUACAAGAAAUCCAACCCCGCAGACCCAUGGGAGAGCUGGAUAACAGCAGCUUAUGAGGACCGGGUGAGCCUCUCUGCCACAGGAUUCUAUAAGACUGAAGGAAUUGGCUAUGAUCCCAUAAAGAAUGAAGGCAAGCCCAGCAACUACUACAGCUAUGGAGUGGCAUGUUCUGAAGUUGAGAUUGACUGUUUAACUGGUGACCACAAGAACCUGCGCACAGAUAUAGUAAUGGAUGUUGGCGCCAGUCUUAACCCUGCCAUAGACAUAGGACAGGUUGAAGGAGCUUUUGUACAAGGCCUUGGCCUGUUCACCUUGGAAGAGCUGAGGUAUUCCGCAGAGGGCAACCUGUAUACGCGAGGCCCCGGGAUGUAUAAAAUUCCAGCCUUUGGUGACAUCCCGACGGAAUUCAACGUAUCCCUUCUGCGCGACUGUCCGAACAACAAGGCCAUCUACUCCUCCAAAGCAGUCGGGGAGCCUCCUCUUUUCUUGUCAGCCUCCAUAUUCUAUGCCAUUAAGGACGCCAUCACAUCAGCCAGAGCAGAAUCUGGUAUUACAGGACCAUUUAGACUGGACAGUCCUGCCACCCCGGAGAGGAUAAGGAAUUCCUGCGUGGAUGAAUUCACCAAACUGUGUCCAGUGCCAGAACCGGGAACAUUCAAACCAUGGUCUGUGAGAGUAUAAUGGAUCAGCUUACUGUGGAAUAGACUACAGC